CCUCUCCUGCGCGCUCUCCAAGGCAAUGAGGACGCGCGGGGGCAGCGCUCUCUCUGCGUGUGUCGGAAGCCAUGGGGGAAGGAGGCGCUCCCAGCCAAGAGCUAGACUUCGCAGGCGUAGAGCUAGAGCUGACUCAAGAGAAGCACAUGAAAGAAAUGUUAGAACUCUCCAUAUUUGAAAUGAACAAUACAGUAGCAGAACUAGAGAAAAGACUUAACAGACCUGAUGAUGAAGACAGUGAAUGGAAAACCAGAUAUGAAACCCAAGUAGAAUUGAACAAAAAACUAGAAGGGCAGAUUGAAUUUCUCCGAGGAAAGAUGGAGCAUCUUGGUGGCAACCCAACAGACAAACUGGCUUCUAUUCGCUCCUUCGAACAAAUGCAUCCAGAUUCUUUAAAUCAGUUUCUUAAAAAACUGGAAGAGGAGAAGAAAAGUCUCCAGAACCAACUGAAGGAGUAUGAACUUAAACUGGAUCAAGAGGCAAAGGCUUACCAUAAAGCCAAUGAUGAACGCCGUGCAUACUUAGCAAUGAUCACACAAAUAUCAGGAUCUCUAAAACCAUUAGAGAAACAGAAAAUAGAUGCAGUUGAAAUGAAGAGGGAGAACCAAGUUCUGAGGAGAAAGUGUAAUAUUCCAAGAAAUCAAAGAAUACUGGACCCAAAGAAGGGACCAAUUAAAAAAACAGCAGGAGUGAAGCAUCUUCCAAAACUGAAACUCUGAUUGCUUAUUCUAGAAUUUCUCCUUUUAUUGUUUAUUUUGCCACUUGCAAUUACAGUAAACACAAAAUGUUAUUUUAAAA